AUGUGCUCAAAGCUCCGCAAUCACCGGACCCUCGGCGCCGCCGUGCGCCACCUCCGUUCCGAUAAACCCGUCCCACAUAUCCAAAAUCGCCAGUUACAUAACGGCCCCGAUACGCUUGAGGAGCUCCUCGACCGCCACCUGGUGAAAGACGACGGCCCGAAGCAUCUCAACGACGAGGAGAGCGAGCUCUUGAACCGGCAGCGGCUCACCAGCACCCGCCGUGAGGCGCUGAGCCUCUACCGAGACAUCAUCCGGGCGACCCGAUUCUUCAUAUGGCCCGAUUCAAAGGGCGUCCUCUGGCGCGACGUAUUGAGGGAGAAUGCGAGGAAGGAAUUCGAACAGGCCCGGUUCGAAAAGGACCCGGAGGUCGUGACCCGGCUGAUCAUCGGAGGACAGGAGGCGGUUCAAGCGGCGAUCGAUAAGCUCGUGGAGAAGCAGAAGCAGCAGGUCGAGAAGGAGAGGAAUGAAUCCCGUCGGCGAUGA